AUGACAUCUUCAAACUCAUUCAUCACAGACUGUCAUUCUGAUCUCAACUCUCACAGAUGGAUUGUAUUGGAUUCAAUUCUACACAGUUCUGGACUCUCUCUCUCCACUUCUGCUACAAAACAUCGAUGUAUUCUUGCAACUAAAUCCAUUCCUGUCGGUUCAACUGUACUGAGUGAGCCUGCAAUGGCAUUCAUUUCACUUGGAACCUUGUGUGAAUAUUGUUUAUCUACAUCAGAUAUACAAGGACAACACACUCAAUUACAGAGAUGCACAGGAUGUCGUCAAGUUGUAUAUUGCAGUGUAGUAUGUCAAAAAGCUGAUUGGAUUGCAGGACACAAUUCUGCUUGUGCAGUUCUCAAGACUAUCGACUGUUCAGCUACAACUCGACAAUCAAAUCGCAACGACAUUGCCAUGCUAUUUAAAGUGGUUCGUAUCAUUUCAAAUCCCUCAUUUCAAUCUACCACUUUGGAUGAUCGCAUGGAUCUAGAUUGUCCAAUGGACAAUGUUGCUCUUGUCAGAAAUAUCAGAUCCAUUCAGCCUUUGGUAUUCUUAUCUCUCCAAUCGCAUGUGUUGGAUUUUGAAACAUGUCAGGCAUCAUAUCCUCAUGCAACCAAUGCAUUAAAUGGACAUUCCAUGAAACAAAUAGAGUCACAACUUCCAUCAGCUGCCGUAAAACUCAUGAAUCUGCCUGUUUCAGAUCUCAUUCAUCAUCUGGGUAGAUUCAGGUGUAACAACUUUACUAUAAUCGACUCCAACCUAUUUCCCGUUGGAGAAGGAACAUACCCACUUGCAUCUCUGUUCAACCACGACUGCUGGCCAAACUGUAUUGCUAUAUUCGAUGGAAGUCGGGUAGUUAUUCAGACCAUUCGUGACAUUGCUAAAGGAGAUGAACUCUGUAUUUCAUACAUUGAUCCUAUUUUAGAUCAUGAUAGUCGGCGAAUGUCACUUGAAACGAAAUACUGCUUUAACUGUCAGUGUUCUGUUUGCAUGUCAGAAUCCUGCACUCCAUUACAUUCACCAACUACCAAAAAAGACGCACUCCUUUCACUUGACGAAAAGAGUGAUGUUGGAUGGCGAUUACUGAAAUGGUUUCAUACUUGUUUAAAAAAAUCUGAUGACGAGUUUGAAAGAGCUCAGCAAGAUCAAAUCAGCAAGACAAUCGCUCUAGUGUCCAAACGUGCUGUCGUUGCAGAGAUUGGCAAUGCGACACAAAUGUUUCAAAGCCAUCUCAUGCGUCAAGAUUGGGAGCAAGCAUACAAGUCGGGACUGCAUCUGCUUGGGCAAUAUCUUUUGCGAUAUCCCCGAUACUAUCCAUUGGUAUCUCAACACAUGUUCUUUGUGGCACAGUGUAUGUGGAACUCGGGUCAAACAGAUGAAACCAUCUUUUUGCUUGGCGUGAUUAAAAAAUGUCUUGAGAUCACCUAUGGAUCUGUCAUGAAAUCGCACCACCUUAUUGGUCAAGUGGAUUCAUUACUGGCUCAAGCACUUUACGAGCAAUCGGCAAUGGUAUAGUCCCAGUUUCAAAAAAGUGUAUCCUGGUGUAUACAUAUCUGCAGAGUGUACCAUUUACAACUAAUAGUGAGAUCAUGUUCCAAAUAAACGGCAACACCCUGGAUAACAGCCUUGUUUUAUCAGUACACGAUUGCAAAUUUGGAUAC